AAAUGGCCUCUCUGUUCCUGCUGUGGGAGACUGAGUAUUGUCCUGCUAACACGGGGCUGACGGGGAAGCCGCUGUUCACUAGGGACUCAACAGUGAUGCGGUGCUAUCUUUUUAACAUUUUCGCUAGGUGGCAUAGUGAAUGACAGGCAAGCCGUACCUCCAGUUGUUCCUUAGAAGAGAGGGGAACUUUGUGAAGAUGCUGUUAUCUCUGUUUGGAUAAAAUAUUCUUUGCUUAAAUGUCUGAAACUUUUUCCUUCGAACCAUUGUAUACAUUGUCAAAUGUGUGUAAACCUAAAUUUUUAAAAUUGCGAAAGCAGUAAAUCUGAUUCAGAGCAUUUACUUAGGCCUGAGACAGAUGGCGAGCCUAUAAAAAGAUGGCGUAUAUUUUUGGAAGUGCAAACAGAAAAAUAGAUACUCUUAAAAAUUGCAGAGCAUCUCUGCCCAGAAGUGUUGGGGGGGACAAAAGACCAUGUGGACCGUGCGAUCUGACGGAACUUUUCAUGGUUUCUGAUUUCUAGGAUUGACUUUUGCUUCUUCAGAAUUAACCCUGAGUUGCAUUUUGAAGUACAGCAUUGCCAGUUUGGGUUCUCUGCUGAGCAUGCCCAGCUUGGUGGAGUCGGUCGAGUUCCAACUUGCUCCGAGUCUGAUUCUGCUCUUAGGGUGUCAUGGCCAUCUGUGGUGGAAGACGUGGUGCUGGGCAAUGAGUUCCUCUGCUUAGCAACUGGUGCUUAAGAGUAACAGAUACUCUGAAUAUUACAAAUAUUCCAUGUAUUUUCACAGCUUCUUCAAUAACAUACUGUGUGAGUCUUGUAUUAUCAUUGUAUUGCCAGUGGGUUUGUAAUACAGUUUAUCCAUUUAUGUCUCUGCCUCUCUUGCUGAACUGGGACCCUAAAUCAUUUCUGCCUCUGCAUAUCCGUACCUAGUGCUGAGCAUGGCGCCAGCCUGUAGCAAGUACGUGUUGACUGUGGUCGGGGUUAGAGCUGUGGUUGUCGGCUAAGGUGUGGAGCGGCACUGACCUGUGGAUGAGAUCAGAAUUUGCUCUUAGUUUUGUUAAUGUUUUGCUCAAGCCUAAGUUAAUGGUUUUGGUGUGGUAGACUACGACCAUAGAAAAAUAAAACAUUAUGCGUAAUUCAAUCAAAAUAUUUUUGUAAGGCAUUAUUACUGUGACCAGCUAAUACGACUUAUAGGACACAUUUUUGUCCAUUUUAGAGGGACUACAGAAUUGACAUUGAAAUCCAACAUUGCAAUAUGGAACAAUGUGCCACAAACAUUUAAAAAGUUUAUUUCGGGACCAGAAGCAAAAAUUUGCCAUGGAAUAUUGUUUUUUGUUGUUGUUUGUUUUAAAACUCCAAAUGAAAAGCAGUCAAUCAUUAGACACAGUCUUCCCAUCCAUAGCCGUCCGCUUCGUCAUCUCCUUACAUGUGGGUCUGAGCUCCUUGCACGUGGGUCUGAGCUCCUUGCACGUUGAUCCGAGCUCCUUGCACGUGGGUCUGAGCUCCGUGAAGGAAGUGUGCUGCUUGUCCUCUAGACACUGUGGCUUUCAUCCUGCGUACCCUGUGGUAUGGCGAAGGGGCACAAUGCUCGCUCUGACGUGGCGGAUGUGUAAAGAUGCUUAGAGUAUUACAGCGCCUGGUGGGUGAGGAGCCAGCUUCCUGCCAGCUCCCAGGUCUUUGCAAGCCUUCCUGGCUGAGUGCGGGUGCUUGCAGCAGAAGGAGACCCUGAGAACUGGGAUGCAGAAUGGCUGUGCAAGCUCUGGCCUGCUCGUGAAGGAUGAAACAGAAAGCCUUGGUGCCAGCAGAAAGGAAGGCCGAUUGAGAGCCCUUCCUUCACACUGCCAGGUGCCCAUCCUGCUGGAGGCAGCGAGCUGCUGUGCUAGGCAACUGCCAAUCCCUGUCCCACCCCGAGUUGACACUUGGCUGUUGAAAGGCUGAGGGAUAAAAUUGAAUAAAAACACUUGUGGAAGUAUUUUAAUGUGAACCUUUCUUUCUUUCUUUCAUUUUUUUAGAAAAUGCCUCCGAAGUUUAAAUGAAGCUGGAAGGAUGCAUCAAUGCAGCACCACGGGCUCUCCGAAUGUUUGGGGAUAAUAUUCCAGAGAGAAAUUAAUCUUCUUGGAUUAGGUGACUAGUCAUAAUGAAGAAGAUUAGUCUCAAGACCUUUCGGAAAUCAUUUAACUUGAACAAAAGUAAAGACGACUCUGAUUUCAUGGUGGUGCAACCACCGUCCCUGGCCAGUGACUUUGGAAAAGAUGACGCCUUGUUUGGAGGCUGCUACGGUAAAGAGAUGGCCAGCUGUGAUGGCAACAGUGAAGAUGAAAAGGGCGGGAAGAACAGAUCAAAAAGUGAAAGCCUGAUGGGCACCUUGAAGAGGCGGCUUUCUGCCAAACAGAAGCCCAAGGGCAAGGGUAGCUCGCCCGCCGGGGGCGCUGCCAACGAGGACACCUUCUCCUCCUCCUCCGCACCCAUCGUCUUCAAAGACGGCAGAGCUCCGAGGCCCAUCCGCUCCACCUCCCUGCGCAGCCACCACUACAGCCCCACGCCUUGGCCGCUUCGGCCCACCAACUCUGAGGAAACGUGCAUCAAAAUGGAGGUGCGGGUGAAAGCCUUGGUCCAUUCUUCCAGCCCCAGUCCAGCCCUGAAUGGUGUGCGAAAGGAUUUUCAGGACCUUCAGUCUGAAAGUGUGUGCCAAGAGCAGAGCAGCACGCUGAAGGGUUCGGAGUCUCCCAACGGGGACUUGCAUCUUCACCUGGAUGAACAUGUGCCUGUCGUGAUUGGACUCGUGCCUCAGGACUACAUUCAGUACACCGUGCCUUUAGACGAGGGGAUGUACCCCCUGGAAGGAACCCGCGCCUAUUGCCUGGAUGGCUCUUCUCCCAUGGAGGUCUCUGCAGUGCCCCCACCCGUGGGCGGGAGUUCCUUCCCUGAAGACGAGAGUCAGGUAGACCAGGACCUGGUGGUUGCCCCGGAGAUCUUUGUGGAUCAGGCCGUUAACGGCUUGCUGAUCGGCACCACAGGAGUCGUGUUGCAGAGCCCACGAGUGAGUCCUGAUGCCGUCCCCCCACUCUCACCAUUGCUACCUCCAAUGCAGAAUAACCUAAUCCAAAGGAACUUGGGUGGACUCACUGGCACAGAUGCCCACGCGGCCGGAAGCGUGCGCUGUCAUUUGAAUUUUGAUCCCAACUCUGCUCCCGGGGUUGCAGGAGUUUAUGACUCAGUGCAAAGUAGUGGUCCCAUGGUUGUGACAAGCCUUACAGAGGAGCUGAAAAAACUGGCCAAACAAGGGUGGUACUGGGGACCCAUCACACGCUGGGAAGCUGAGGGAAAGCUGGCCAACGUGCCCGACGGGUCCUUUCUCGUUCGGGACAGUUCUGAUGACCGUUACCUCCUAAGCUUGAGCUUUCGGUCCCAUGGCAAAACACUUCACACUAGAAUCGAGCACUCAAAUGGCAGGUUCAGCUUUUACGAACAACCAGAUGUGGAAGGACAUACGUCUAUAGUGGAUCUCAUCGAACAUUCAAUCAGGGACUCUGAGAAUGGAGCUUUUUGUUAUUCAAGGUCUCGGUUGCCUGGAUCUGCCACCUACCCUGUCAGACUGACGAAUCCGGUGUCCCGGUUCAUGCAGGUGCGAUCUUUGCAGUACCUGUGUCGCUUUGUUAUACGUCAGUACACCAGGAUAGACUUAAUUCAGAAACUGCCUUUGCCAAACAAAAUGAAGGAUUACUUACAGGAGAAGCACUACUGAGAGUGGGAACCCUGCAUCUUGCACUUUGGGAAUAAGGAAAGGAGAUUGAAACACAGUUUACAGACUCAUUGCCAUCAGAAUCUUUUUUUUUUUGCUGCCAUCACUAUUUUAGUUUUUAUCUGUAAAACAGUCCUCAGUUUGUUUCGGGGUGGGAACGUGUCUGCAAGGUGUCCUGGUUAAUUUGGGUUCUUUACUAAGGCGAGUCUUGAGGUCGUAGCGGUGUGGAUUGUCUUUCACCAGUGUGCAGAGGGUCGCAAUGUGAAUUGUCAGAUUGUCUGUAACAGCCCCUCCCCCAAACCUUUGCUGCUAUCCACUGUGAUUUUUAUGCAUUCAAAGCACAUUUCAUGUGUAUUCAACCCUAAGUGAAGUGGAAUGAAACUUAGAGAAUGAAAAUUGCUGUUUUUCUAAAUGACUCAUCUUCAAAAGUUGGUGGCAUACGGCAUUUCCAUGAACACGGAGCAGGGUUAAAUCUCACGCUCUCGAAGGGUUUACUUGGAAUUGUGAGUUGGCAGAAUCUUGUAAUGGAAUGCAAAUCUGAAACAUAUCUUUUAUAACACUUUUCUAAAUUAUUUUAAGGUUUGUGGCAAUUUUUUUGAUUGUGAAAAGUUAAAUUUUUCUGUUGCUUUCUUUUCCAUCUUGUAAUUUGUCCAUUGUAAUAAAUGGCCUUACAUUUAAAAAAUCGUAAAGAAAUGUACACCACCAGUUUAGAAAUUGUUGCCUUUUCAAUCACUAAGCUCGGGUACAAAUUGGUGUCAGUUAUAAAGAUGUGCUGAUUUAGAACCAUUAUUAAAGAAAUAUCAGUGGUCGUGGUUUCCUGUGAUGGCAUCGUUUUGGUGUUACCUGUGCUUUCCUUUGGUAAAAUGUUUAAUCGAUGACUUCUUCAGCUUAGUCCCCACUUUCCUGGGUGAACUUGAUUGUACAACUAAUUUUUACGAACGAACUGGAUUCUCGUAUGUCGUUCAAGUUUAUGAAGUUUUAAAUUGACUUGGGUAGAACAAAGACGAUGUUUUAAAGAUGAAUUUAUGCUUUUCUUUUUAUCUCAUUACUUUAUCUCAUCGUGCUAGAUUGGACUACUCAUUCAUUCCCCCACUUCAAAACAGUCCUCAAUGACUUCAGCUGAAAAAUUGUGAAAAUUGUGGCGUGUCCUGUGAGAAUAUUAUUGAAACUAUCAAAUACGCCUACCAUCUAUGCUGCCAUUUAAAAAUAAUUUUUUUGUUUCUUUUUAAAUUUAGCUAAGUCUUAAAUAAUCUGGCAUGAGUAGUCAUUUUGUGUCUUUGAGUUAUAUGUUGGGGAAGUGGGGACAUUAUACCCAGUGAUUUUUAGUUGUCUUGAAAUGCGGAGUGUUGAUUGACUAAAUGAUUCCAUGGCAUGGUGUUUUAGGAUUGCCCCUUCCAGGAAAUGUUCCCAGCUACACAGCUUUAAAAAGGGAAAUGCUUUCAUCUCAGAUGUGAAAACAUUUAAUUUGAGAUGUUUCUUCCUUUCUUUUCUGUCCUACUCCCUUUAAACACUGGCAAGGAGCUUGGAUCAAACUUACUAGCUGUCCUUAAAUGCAAUGCGUAUCCUCAGCUGUUUCUGUUUGUGUUUGAGUUAGAACUGAGACAGUACCAAGAAAAGGCACAUUGUCACCACGUGGUGUUUUGACGGAAGGGGGAAGGUACUUCAUGUUGGUGGAAUGUUUGAUUGUACCUUGCUAUAAAGACUCCUUUCACUUAAGAUGGAAUAUGGAGUAUACUGUAAUACUAUAAUUUAAGUGUUCACUAUAAGCUAUUUGGAUUAAGAACUAUCAGACUAAUGGAAGACAUUUAAACUAUUUUUUUGCAAAACUAUUUAUUUUUAAACAACUUAAAAUAUAUCUAGGGUGAGUUAAAGUCCCUGUGCAUCUAUAUUAGAUGGCGGGUGUCGUUGCAGAGUUACUGUGUGUGAUAAUACAUGUUGAGCUGGCGUCUCCGUGUCCGUCAGAGAUCCACGCACAGGCGUCUCUGGACUGCCCUGAACCUGUCAGGUGACAGCCCGUUCCCCUCGUUUGCUUAAAGUGCUGUGUGCUUUAAGAUCUACCCAUCCACUGUCAAGAUUAUUCUGAUUUUCAUCUAAAUGUUAUCAAAAUUGUGUUGUGUUUUUUAGAGAUUAAAUCUUGAUACCGUUCCGAUUCCACAAGCCAGUUUUUGGUGCAUUUCUGUGUAUUCAUAAAAUAUUUAAAGUCAUUAUCUAUUCUAGUCCAAUUUGAAAUUGUGAGGUUCUGACAGUAUAUGGAUAAAAAUCAGAAUGUUUGCCAAGAAAUGGAACUUGCAAACAGAAAGGUAUAUUGCAUUAGGUUCUUGUUUCGUGUGAAGACAGAGCCAUUGGGCGUAGCGCAAGCUGGAGUCCUGAAGCGCCUGGCCAGUAGUGCAAGCAGGGCAAGUGGGAAGUCUUCAUGCUGUAGUUUGGAGGAAUCAUUGGGCACAGCAGGAAAGUAACUUAGAGGAUACGGACAUAGUCUGAGAGUGCUUC